ACCUCAAGGAUCAACCCCAGUAGCUCCGCAUCAAGCUACACAUCCAGGACCAACACCGGUAGCUCUGCAUCAAGCUGCACCUCAAGGUCCAACACCUAGGCAAUAUGUUGGGCGCGAAUCUGCAGAAUGGUGGACGGUUGAAGCAAUAGACACACAAGGAGCUACGAAAAAGUUAAGACUUAAGUAUUGGCAAGUGAAUGACUUACCUACUGGGGAACGGGUAAUUGUUCACUUUGAUGAGCAAGGUGCUGCAUACGGUGAAGCACAAGGCUUGCUUGCGGGAUAUAUGGGAACAUUAGCAAUUAACUCCAAUUUCUUUCCAAUUAAUUUUGAAAGGUGGUCUGGAAAACAUACAGGCAUGCCACCUAAGUUUUUUGAUGAAUGCUUUGGAGACAUCUUGGAGCCUCGAUUUAAAUUUAUGACUACUGAAGCUCUUGCAAAGAGAUAUUGCAAGCUUAGCAUUUCAAAGAAGUGGGCUACACAUAGACAAAAUUUGUGGGUUACCUUCUAUGAUCCAUCAAAAUCCCGAGAUGAAAUCAUAAGUAAUGUUCCUAAAGGUAUAGACCCAAUUCAAUGGGCUCAUUUUGUUAACUACCGUUUGAAACCAGAAACGCAGGAGCGUUGUAGAAAAAAUAAAGAAAAUCGAAGCAAACAAGUGAUCCCUCAUACUGGUGGUUCUAAACCUCUUUCGAGAAAAAGACAUGAGAUGUUUUUGGAAACUGGAGAGAAGCCUAGCCGUGGAAAAUUGUAUAUUGAAACCCAUAAAAAAAAGGAUGGGUCAGUAGUAAAUGAUGCAGCAAAGAGUACAGUGGAACAAAUUGAAGUGGGUUUGACUCAAAGCAGUGUUGAUGAAUCUGUAAUUUCUCCUAAUGAUGUUGUCGGUAGAGUGCUUGGGCCUGAGCAUCCUGGAAGAAUGCGAUGUUUGGGUAUGGCAGCAACUCCUACAAAUACAUUUACAAGCAACGUAGUCCGACUAUCACAUUUAAGUAAUUCUUCGACUGUUCCGUCUACAUCAUCGUCUAAUUACUGGCAAGGAGAGUACACAAAGUUGGAAAGUGCAUUUAAAGCUUAUCUUAUGAUGAAAGAAGGAAGCAUUCCUCAGGAAGUGGCUAACAUUUUGGGUUCAUCAAAUCCUGACGUUGCAAGUGAGUCUGAUUCACCGUUUAAUGCAAGAGGAUCAAGUGGUGGAAGCAAUAUCUGAUGCAAGAUUAUAAUUAGGA